AUGGCUGGGCCCGGGUUUCAGGGCCACACCGCUGGACCCCUGCUGCUACUACUGCUGCUGCUGGUGCCACCCCAGGUCCUCCCAGAGGGACCCCUGCUAUUCGUGGCUCUGGUGUUCCGCCAUGGCGACCGUGCCCCGCUGGCCACCUAUCCCACAGACCCGCACAAGGAAGCCGCUUCCACCCUGUGGCCUCGAGGCCUAGGCCAGCUGACCAGGGAGGGCAUCCGUCAGCAGCUGGAACUGGGCCGCUUCCUGAGGAGGCGCUACAAGGCCUUUCUGAGUCCCGAGUACCGGAGGGAGGAGGUGUACAUCCGCAGCACUGACUUCGACCGGACGCUGGAGAGUGCGCAGGCCAACCUGGCGGGGCUGUUUCCUGAGGCGGCCCCGGGAAGCCCGGAGGCCGACUGGAAGCCCAUCCCAGUGCACACAGUACCUGUUUCUGAGGACAAGCUGCUGAGAUUCCCCAUGCGCAGCUGUCCCCGAUAUCAUGAGCUGCUCCGGGAGUCCACUGAGGCCGCGGACUAUCAGGAGGCCCUGGAAGGCUGGACGGACUUCCUGACUCGCUUGGGCAACUUUACUGGGCUGUCACUGGUUGGAGAACCACUCCGCAGGUCAUGGAAAGUUCUGGACACCCUGAUUUGCCAGCGUGCCCAUGGUCUCCAGCUCCCGUCCUGGGCCUCCCCAGAUGUCCUUAGGACGCUGGCACAGAUCUCUGCCUUGGAUAUCAGGGCGCAUGUGGGCCCACCCAGGGCUGCAGAGAAGGCCCAGCUGACCGGGGGAAUUCUGUUGGAUGCUAUUCUCAGUAACUUCUCCCGGGCCCAGCGCCUGGGCCUGCCCCUCAAGAUGGUCAUGUAUUCAGCUCAUGACAGCACUCUGCUGGCCCUCCAGGGGGCCCUGGGCCUCUAUGAUGGGAAUACCCCACCCUAUGCUGCCUGCCUUGCCUUUGAGUUCCGGAAGCGCCUCAGAGACCCUGAGGAGGAAGAUGGAGGGAAUGUCACCGUCUCCCUGUUCUACCGCAACGACACCUCCCGUCCACCCCUGCCCCUCCGGCUCCCUGGGUGCCCAGCCCCCUGUCCACUAGGGCGUUUCCAGAAACUGACUGCUCCAGCGCGGCCUCCAGCUCAUGGGGCCCCCUGCCAUGGCUCCUUAGCGCCUGCCAGCCCCCCAGCCACGGCGGUGCCCCUGCUGGCUGGAGCUGUGGCUGUGCUGGCCCUGCUGAGCCUGGGGCUUGGGCUGCUGGCCUGGAGGCCCAGCUGCCUACGGGCCCUUGCGGGGGUCGUGUGA